ACAAAAACCCAGUUCUCCCUCAACAAUGAAGCUCAACAUCUCUUAUCCCGCCACUGGCUGCCAGAAGCUCAUCGAAGUGACCGACGAGCCCAAACUGCGCAUCUUCUACGAGAAGCGCCUCAGCCAGGAGAUCGACGCUUCGCCCCUCGGCGACGAGUGGAAGGGCUACAUCCUGCGCAUCACCGGCGGCAACGACCGAGAAGGCUUCCCCAUGAAGCAAGGCGUCCUCACGUCCACCCGCGUCCGGCUGCUGCUCUCCGCCAGCUCGCGUUGCUUCCGGCCGCGUCGCGACGGCCAGCGCCGCCGGAAGUCGGUGCGGGGGUGCAUCGUGGACGCCAACCUGAGCGUGCUGUCGCUGGUGGUAGUGCGCAAGGGCGACAACGACAUCCCCGGCCUGACGGACACGUCGGUGCUGCGGCGCCUGGGGCCCAAGCGGGCCUCGAGGAUCAGGAAGUUGUUCAAUUUGAGCAAGGAGGACGACGUGAGGCAGUACGUGGUAAAGCGGCCGCUGCCGCUGAAGGAGGGCAAGAGGGCGAGGUUCAAGGCACCGAAAAUCCAGAGGCUGAUCACGCCGACGAGUCUGCAGAGGAAGAGGAGACGGCUGGCGCUGAAGAAGAAGAGGUGUCUGGAGAAGAAGGUGCAGGUGGAGGCGUUCGCGAAGGUGGUGGCGCAGAGAAAGAAAGAGUUUAAGGCGAGGAAGGCGGAGUUGAAGAGGAGGAGGUCGGUGAAUUUGCUGGGGGGGAAGAAGGGGCAUAAGUGA